CGCCAGUCUGGGCAGCUGUUACGGUUUGGUUUUGGACCCGAAGGCACAAGUGCUGCAGCGCUCGUUCGACGCUGACAGCUGUGCCACGCGCAGAAGGCCCCUGUGCCGCCUGGACCAGAAGGCAGCAACCUCCGCCAUCGAGAGCACUAUCGGCACGCGGCGCUUUGCCUUCUUCAAAGAGGAGCGCAGCUGGGGCCGCGCCCGUGACGUGUGUAGGGGCCUUUUCCAGGGCGACAUCGCAACCUUCAGAACGGACGCGGAGUGGGCCUCCGUCAAGGCAUGGCUCAACAGCAUAUUCUGGAGCGGCAUUGUUGACGGCCUGCAGAUCGCGACCCAGGAUGCUGGCAUUCUGUCGGAGCAGGCGUGGUCGGGCUUCACCAACCUAUAUUCCGCUGAGUGGACAAUGCUCGACAACACCACACGGCCCCUGACCGGCACCUUCCGCAAUAGCGCAUGGCUCAACGCAUCCGAGCCUCUAGCAGCCGCAGAGUGUGGCUACGUCGACAUCCGUGGCGGUGUGCGCCCCGCUGUGGACAGCUUCUGGCGCGGAUCUCGCUGCGACGUGCCCCGACCCUUCCUUUGCGCAUACUCUCCGACGGGCGCCCCCGCACUCAACCCGCUCAACAACAUCCUGCCAGUACGUUCCCAGUUCGAGCUGGCCACCUCCAUUGCUGCGCGCAUCAACCGCUAUGGAUACACAUAUACGUUGAUCACCGACCCAAAGCUGAGGGCUACGUGGGAUGAGGCCCAGGCCAUGUGCGGCAUGCUGCCGGGCUUCCCCGACGGCCAGCUAGCCACUCUGUACAGCGCUGAGGAUAUGGAAUACUUCAAACGCAUCGGUGCCCUUGCAGAGGGCGAUGCGCCCAACAUCUGGGUGGGAUAUGGAGAUUUCAUGAACGCAGGCUUUCCAUAUUGGGUCUCGGGCACGAAUGCUGGUGGCAACCUGUCUGCGGGCUGGAACAACGAUUACUGGAUUACGAUGCAGAGCUCCCCCCCCUACAACGGCGCCCCAUGCGGCUACCUGGACACAUCCAGUCUGCAGCUGCGCCGCGCACCUUGUCAGAACGUCAAGUAUGCCUUCCUCUGCAUGUCGCCAGGUGCGUCAGGCACACCGCAGCAUGUGGCUGUGGCUGAGGUGUCCGGCGACGGCCUGCCUGAUGUGGUGGUUGCCACCAACUGCCCGUGGGACAACGGCGCCUCACUGGUGGGCUUUCAGCAGCCGGCCCCGGCCUCGUACGACAUCGGUGCAGACCAACUCAUCCGCCCCACGCUGACUGCCCGCUCGUGCGGUGACGGAAUCCCAACAUGGCAGAGGGAGGAGUGUGAUGAAGGCUUCGACAUUGAGGAGAUUUAUACGUGGGACUUCGGGUACAACGCCACACUGGCUCGCCCCGACGCCAACACCCAGCGCAAUGGUCGUAGUAUGUGCACACGGGACUGCCGUGUGCAGCCACGCUUUACGGUGCAAGCAGGCGCACGUCAGGUGUUUGUGACAGUGGGAUCAGGCAAUGACACCAUCCGACACUGGGGGGUCAACUACAACCUGUACGGCCAGGCCCGUGGCUUCCGUGAGCUUGCCAACCCGCCAGACGCACCCCUGAUCCUGGAAGGAUUCACCAACGUCACAGCCGACAACCGCUUCCCUGCCAACCAGCCAGUUGCCAUCCACAAGGGCCGCGCCCUUUCACCGGGCGAGCCUUUCCAGUACCGUGUCGUGAUGCAAACCGAUAUGACAAAGCCGUCACUGCCCGACUGGGGCAACGUGGAGACUGCAAGCGUGUCAGACGCGUCCUUCACCACUGCCACAUCCUCCUGCGGCUGCGCGGCUGACAACCCUGGCGGCCAGCCAGUUGACUUGAGCGUGCAACAGCAGGGCGGUACUGUGGAGUUCAGCUGGGUGGUGGGCAGUGCUUGCGAGAGCUCGGUCUCCAUCACGCGCUCACUGGUGGAUCCAGUGAAUAACGUGCUGCUCAACACCAGCGCCGUAGCGCAGCUGUCCAUCGGCCUGGCUUGCGGCACCGUCUACCGGCCGUCCAAGGCCGAGGUCAACGAGGACAUUGCACGGGACAAGCUGGUUGUCGGCCGCACGUACCGCUAUUGUGUGGUGGUGACCUCAUCCGCCUCAAGCGUCUACUUCCUGGAUGCUUCCAAGCCGCUGGAUCAAGUCCGUUUUGUGAGCGAGCCCAUCUGCCGUGACGUCACCAUCCAAUGGACCUCAGUCAUCACAGGAGAGGUGCGCACGCGCUACGACACCCCCGCGCCUGGCGUCCGGCUGACGGCUCGUCUGCUGGGGUCGCCCUACGUGGUGAGCACCAUCACGGACGACAGCGGCCGUUACGAACUGGUCCUGCAGACGGACGUGCAGAACUGCGACCCAGUGGUCGCACCCGAGGAGUGCCUGAAGCAGCGUGUCAGAUUGAGUGCUAGUGCGCGCACCAAGCUGCGCUCCGGCCGCAUCUUGCUCCACGACUUCAGCCUCAGCGGUCGCCCAGGCGCCGUGCAGACUCUGGCUUUGCAACACCUUCAGACGCAGCAGUCCGUGCGCAUCCUGGACGAGUCUGCCAUGCCUAUUUCUGGCUUCGUCAGGUGGCCAGGCAGCGAGGCGAACCUGGGCUUUGAUCAAACCCGCGGCUGCCCUAUCACCAACGCACGCGUGUGUGUCCAGUCAGCUCGUGAGAACACCACCGUCAGCUGCGCAAUGAGCGACCCCGCCACGGGCGCGUUCUUGGUGGCUGCUGGAGUGGGCUCCUACAUCCGGCUUGACGUGACGUACGAGAACCACACCUUCGCCAUCAGCAUGCCCGGCAAAGUGGAGGUGGACGGCACCGGCGCAUUUGAGCUCAUGUCGCCCAUCUACGACGUGGACGUGCGGGACCUCACCCGCCGUGUUGUGCGCGUGGGCCUUGUGGGCGGCCUGUGCGAGUUCACGUUGGGAGCCGCGGUGAUGCAGUUCAGCGCCUACGACUGCGACCUGCAGUCUGGACAGCGAGCUCUGGACCGCCGAAUGCGCCUGGACCCCUCUCUACCCUACACAGAGAUUGAGCUGCCCGCGCUGCCAUGGGACAUCUCGUAUGUGGGCAUUGAGGACGCGGUGCCGGGCGUGAGCCCUGAGGCGAUUGAGAGAUUCCUCACCAUCACCAACCAGAUCACGGGCUUUGUCAACCUGACUGCUGGUUCUGAUCCGACGGUGUCUCUGGAUCCCACUAUCGGCCUGGAUGUGGGAGAGGAGCCGGUUGAGCCAGAGCCUCCGACAGUCAAGUUUGAAUUCACUGCGCCCAACGAUAUGGACGUUGAGGUUUGCAAGGACUACAAGGGCUCGUUCAUCCAGUGCGGUGAAUUCAGCCUCAACAAACGCUGUGACGGAAACUCUUCGGUGCAAGCCUACCAAUCGGUUUAUAGAGCCUUUGGACCGCCUGACACCUCUCUGGUCAAGAAGGAUGUGCUGCUGCUGACCCGAUCCGCCCGCUACAAGAUGCGCAUGAAGUUCUACCAGAUGUACGGCCGCCUGCGGUGCGACAAGCUGAAGACCAACUUGCUUAUCCAGGACUCCAUUGGCGGCGAAACAGACGAAAACAAGUGCAGCGUCAAGCGCCGUGGCUGCAACGAAAUUGUGGGCUACAACGAACUCAACAACGUGACAGAGUUCAUCUACGACCUGGUGCCCGGCGCCAUUAACUUUGCAUCUGGAACUGCUUUUGCGCUGCCGCUUUCCGCGGUCGCGACCAGCCCAGGAUGGCCGUCGCGCUCCUUCCUGCUGUACUCCAUAGUGCAGGGCAAGCAAUCGCGCAUAGGCACGGGCUAUAUCGAGAUCCCCAUCCCCGUGCCGCUUCUCAUCCUGCGUGACCCACCCGGCGAUGGCAGCUUUGCCACGCUGGAGGGAAGCAUCAGCACCGCCGUCAAGCUCUCACAGACUAUGCACGACAAGCUGACUUGUGGCGGCGUGGGAGAAAGCGAGGUUUUCUCGAAGGCCCUGCCUUGGGUGAGUGACACGUUGGCCCUUUUUGGCAACCUUCAUAUCAUGAAUGCCGUCCCGUUCGCCAAGUUUGGCAAGACUUCGAAGUUAGCCCAAAGUACUGCCAAAGCAACAAAGACUGCUGAGAAGGUCGCCAAGGCUCAGGCGAAGAUUGCCUCUGGAGCCCCAAAGCUAACGGUUUGGGGACGGACCAAGAAAUACGCCGGCACGGCUGCCAAACUUGCGGGCAAGGGCAGCAAGGCGCUCACCACAGGUGGACAGAAGGCCAUUACUGCGCCUGGAAAGGGAGCAAAGGCCGCGUCCAAGGCAGUCAAGGGCUGGCGCUCCAAGAUCAGCAAAUUCAACCCCAAGGAUCUUAUCUUCGGCGGCAAGAAACAGUCAACGGCCAUUACCGCCACCAAGCAGCCCAAGUUUGGAGACAAGGCGCUUGCGUAUGCAGAGAAGAACGGUGUGCCCAAGUCGCUGAUCAAGGCCGCCAAGACGGUGCGGAACGGACUCGACAAGGUGGAUGACGGUCUGGAGAGCAUGGCCCGCUUCUACCAGAAGUUUUACACCGAGGGCAAGAUCAAGCAGUUCUAUGAUGACUACCACAUCAGCAAGUACAUCAAGGUGUUGAAGCGCCUGUACAAGAGCGACGCCCUCACUCCGGAGGACACCACUGGCGAGGUACCAGAUGGCCCCGACGACUUAGAGAUGGGCCGCGGCGCUGGUCUGUCAUUCCGUGAGACAGACAACGGUGGACAGCUGGCGUACGAGCUAUUCGAGGGGCUUGGAGUGCCAACGGACCCCAACACCAUUGCCGCCGUGAUUGCGGAGAUGAAGACACUGGGUGAAGAUGAGAGUGCCGAGCUGCUUGCAGGCCUAGUGCAGCAGCGCGACGAGGCAAGGGACGAAAUCGAGGAGGAUCCCAUGCUUCCAAAUUUCAACCUGGUCGAUAUGACGGUGGCCUUCAACCGCGAUCCCUAUGCGCUUCGCCCUGGGUACAAGCACAUCAAGGACAAGAAGUCUCGGGUUCCAGAGGACUACAGGCCCCAGGAUAAGGCUGAGUUUAGACUCCGCCCAGGGGGCUUUGACGGCCUGAGCCCUAUCUGCAAGAAGAGCCACAUCGGAAUUGGCUACGACCUUGAAAUCCUGUCAUGCUACGGCUUGGGCUGGAUGCUCUGUAACCCGGCCAUCAGGGACCGCGGCCAAGCCGGCAUGGUGACCGAUAUGGCUUGGUACAACGAAGAGGAGGAGGAGUCGUACUACAAGAUGACCAUCAAGCGCGAGGAGGGCUUUUCAACGCCAGCCGAGUCUACACCAGAGCUGACCAAUGGUGGCGGCGACAUGAUCCUGGCACCCACCUUUGCCAUCAUGUUUAUCCUCCAGGAUGAGCUGACGAUGGACCCACGCACCUGCACGCCUACUGCUCGCAUGGGCAUUCCAGGCUGGGACCUGAAAGAGAACAUGGAUGGCACUGCCUGGCACUCUGUGUACCACAUCCGCAACGUCAUGAUCCCGGAGAUCGAGAACAAGUACAAUGCGGAGAUGGCCAAGCCGCCCUCACUGCGCAGCAAUGCCAUCCUCGGCAACUUAUACCAGGGCAUGCGCGGCUGGCAGGACAUCAUGAAAAUCUACGACGACAUGAACAUCCUGUCCAAACAGCAGGAGGAGAGCCUGCCCAACUAUGUGAUUGGAGACCAGGAGAUCAACGGCCUGGUGCAGGGCACUGUGGAGGGCGUGUGGCAAAGCUCGCUUGAUGAGUUCCCGGACAGGCACCCAGACGCCUUCGAGGCCCGAUCCAUCGACCCAGAGCGCCUGGAGAACGACCCCGUGUGGAAGCUGGGCUACUACGAGGGCAGCGAGAAGCUGGCCAACCUUAUGCUCCGCACCCAAGCCUACAUGGACAACAGCUCCACGGCUGGCAACAUCGUGGCCCGCCCACACGCCAAGGCAGCAAUGGGCGGUGUCGCGGUCGGCAAGUCGGUGGACAUCCUGCAAGAGAAGUAUGGCGUACAGUUUAACACCGUGUCGUUCAGUGGAGGUGGCGGCAGCUACAGCUACCGCUUCAAGACCAUGAGCACAGUCAGCACCAAGAUCCAGUUCCAGAUCAGCUUCAAGGACAUGUUCGGCUGGAAGGGUGGCGGAGGUGGUGGCACAGGCUUCUGGCUGGAGACCACGGACGAGAACAACUACGGCUUUGAGAUUGAGUUUGACUCCAACCUGCUGCAAGAGACUGACCGCGAGCGCACCGUGAGCUUCACGCUCAAGGACAAGGACGUGGGCGACCAGUUCCUGGUCAAGGUCAGGCCCGACCUGGCGUUCGGCACCCCGCACUUCGAACUGCUGGCAGGCCGCAGCAAAUGUCCGUACGAGGCUGGCACACAGCAGCGCGAGGGCGCAACUGUCAGCGUGCUGGGCGGACAGAACGUGCAGUCGAACGUGAAGCAGGGCACUGAGGCUCUGUAUGAGCUUUUGAUCGAGAACCAGUCGGGCACCGAUGAGCAGGUGCAGCUGGAGCUGGGCCCCGACCUGGCCAGCAACAACCGAUCCAUGUACAUGCAGCUCAUGGGCGCGCCCUGGAUCCAGCCGGUGCAAUUCAGCCUGCGCGGCCCCUUCGCAGCUCAGACUCGCGCGUUGGUGUCAGCUCGCUGCAGCCCACGCUACCCCAGGGCCAGCGUUGACAUUGUCGCCAAGUCAACAUGCGAUGACUCCGAGCUCUCGCGCACGCCACUCACCCUGGAGUGCUUCUCCCCCUGCCCCGUCGUCAUGUGGCCGCAAGAGUGGCCGGCAACGCAGCCUCUCCUUUUCAACCUCAGUGACAUCUCCACAAGCAAGACUCUGCGCCUCCAGUUGUUUAACCCGGCAUACGCCAUCCAGAAGUGGAACACCCACCCCCGCCUGAACGGCACCAACGGAACCACCUCGAUCAUCAUUGAGUACACCAAUGUGGUGUCGGGUGGCGGCGUGUACCUGCCGGUGCGCUACAACAAUGGCAGCUUCGUGGACUUCUCCAAGCUUGAAGACCCCUCGUACGGCUACGCCGUCUUUGACUGGUCACCGGCCUCUAUCGCCGAGGGCGAGUACCUUAUCCGCUACGUGGCUUACUGCGACAUCAACGUGGGCGGCGGCACAGACAGCCGAUACGAGGGCCCCUCCAUCUCUCUGCUGGUGGAUAAGGUGCCGCCCGUGCCCAGCCGCUUCUCGCUGUGGCCCAACAUGACCUACCUGCCUGGCGACCCACUGUACGUGGAUUUCAGUGAGCCGUUGGACUGCCGCAAGCCCUUCGCGUUCGGCGUGGUGGCAUACCAGCAGGACUCAACUGGCAGCCGCAGCAUCAUCUCGACCGUCGACUUGUACAGCUCGUGUGAGGGCCGGCGCAUCACGUUCCACUGGGACACUAUCAACCGCCCCACCGCGCUCAUGCCCAACCGCACCAUCAACAUCCAGCUCCGCAACGUCAAGGACCUGGCUGGCAAUGCGGCGAUGCGCAACCUCAACCUCACCUUCUUCACUGGGCCUUCCCUCACAUCCACGGCCCCCGUCACGCUCAACUACGUGCUGGGUCCCAUCUCCACGCCCGCGCGCCGCCUGCUGUUUGCGGACCGCAACGGCAUCGUGCCAGUGCAGCUGGCCAACCGCCUGGCUCUGCGCGAUGAGAGCGAGGCGGAGAGCCUAGAGGCCCUUGUCGAGAGGCGCAUGAACACCCGGCGGCAGCUGCUGGAGCAGGUUGACGGCGUGUUGACUGCCUGCGCGUCCGACAGCCUGCUGGCCCCUCUGCGGGGGUCGCUCAAGGCCACUGACUUGCUGGAGGACGACGACCUCCUGAGCAUGGUCAUCGAGUUCCAGGCCACGGGUGACAACACGGAGGCCGCCGCCGCCGCCGCAUUGGAGCUGGUGCAGUCGGCGCGCGACAACAGCUCCUGCCUCAACACACAGCUGCGGUCUCAGUUCGCGCAGAUCCGGCGUGUGUUUGCGGAUAAGGGCAUCGAUGACCAGCUGCUGGACGGUGUCGAUGAGGAGGACCUGGCGGCGGUGCGUGCGGCGACCGCGGUCCGAGCUGCCGCCAUGGGUCUGCCUCAGCUGUGGGAAGCGACGGUGGCCGAGGCGGCCCGUGAGCAGGCGGAGCUGAUUGCCGCGAUGGACUCGGCUACCAGGGCUGCAGCAGCCACUCAAAACGCGGCGGUUGCGGCGGUGGAAGGCGCUGGCAAGCAGCAAGAGCAGCAGCAGCAGCCUUUGGUUGUGGCGGAUGGCGGCCAGCAGGUUGAUGAUGAGAGCGGCUCGAGCUUGAACCGGCGCCACCUGGGUAACCCCGCUGUCGGUGCCGCUGCAAGCGCCCAAGCGCAGCCGCCUGUGGUGGUGGCCGGGCUGCUGCAGUGGAUGCACCGCAACCCCUACAUGGGCCUGGGCGGGCUUGUGCUCCUGGGGAACGUCACGGCAAUGGUGCUCUUCGGGGCCAUCUGGCACUUCAGGCGCCGCGCUGGUCAGCGCUUUGGUGCUGGUGCGCAGGGCUUGCUGGCGGCGGCGGCGCGGCAGCAGCAGCAGCGCCGGCGCCGUGGGCUGAUGGCGAUGCUGCGUGCAGCGGCCAGCAGCGGCAGCAGCAGCAACUGAGUUCCUAUUUAUGGUGUGGGGGUAUUAUUUUGCAACGGCUGUGCGUCACGGCAUGUUGGGUUGUGGGCCAUAGCGCGCCGUGUUCACAGUUUUGGCAAUGUAGUAGCGGCUAUGUUUGCUUAGUGCAGCACGAGUAGACACAUGGUGUGACCUGUGUCAAACAAAGCUCACGUGUGGGGUUAGUAGGGCAUAUGUAUGGCUUGGUUUUCGUGCGUAAUGUGCUGUUGAGGAUAAAUAUCGUCAUACAUGUCCUCGUACAGAUGGAGUUCCUCCUGCAAAAGGGCACGGGUGAAAAGCAGGCAAGCAUCAAGCGGCUAGGCUGGGAAACCCAAUGCGCAUGCAAACACUAGUGACACAUGCAGGGCCACUGGCACGGCCACAUGCAGCAUGCAGUUUGAAUGUUCUUUUGCUCCUUUGAGUGAACCCGGUCGGAUGGGCUUUUCAUGGCGCGCCCUGAGUGCCUCCGUUGUAUGUGUUGGGUUCUUCUUAGGCUUUCCAUCCCUUCAUAGAAUGUGCUUCUUUCAAUUUACAGCAUGCUUCUUCCUCUUGUCCGCACAAAUACAUGGUAGCCUAAAUGUUGUGUUGUACCGCGUGUUGUUUUGUGUGGCUGUUUGUACUGGAUACACCCCAAUUUCCCAUCUGCUUUGCGCUCCCCUUCCAGGAGGGCAGUCGUGGCUGCCACAACCUCAGAUGUUGUCACAAUGUGUAAAAGUGUAUGUCG